AUGAUUCAUAAUUUACUCAAGGUUCUUAAGGAUGCAUUUUCGUCGAAGAAACUUCGUUUACCAAACAAACCAUUAGAUGAGGCCAGGUGUUCCAAAACAAAAGUGGAAAUUUGGUACUGUGAACAAAGACGGUUCCCAACUGGUCCUACCGGCUGUAAUAGCCCAAACGACCCAAACUAUGUAAUUACAAUCCCUGUUAGCGAUGUAUUUUACGAUCCAGCUGUUCCCGCAAUCGGAUAUACUCCAUUACCUCCUCCUCCUGCAACAUUGAUGAAUGCUGUUUUUACAAUCGACUUAUAUAAAAUUCAGCGAAUG